GUUUCGUGUAACGGAGGUGGCGCGAGGCAACUAAAAAGUAUAAAUAAAAAUCAAAGUUGUUGGUUGUGAACCCAUAAGUUAUUGCCAUGGCCAAUCUGGACGGAACUUUUGACUGGGACGCCAUCAACGUUGGCGACUACAAGUUGGAUCACUCGCAAAACUUUUUCGCAGAGUCCAAGAACAACAAGGAGAACAACAAUGUCAAUGCCCCCCGUCAGUCCAUCUGCCCCACUCCGCAGAAGAUCGGUCGGGAGGCCCUAGAGCACAAAGUGGAACUUAAAUCGAAGCCCCAGGAACCAAAACCAAAGAUUCCAUCAGAUCAGUGCUUCAGCAAUGUCCCCCAUCUGGUUGACAUCUGCCCAACUCCGGAAAAGGUCGAUCGGGAGCAAGACGAUGGUAUCAAGGUGAACGUGAAACUCAAGCAGAAGACCGUAGAAGAGCCCAUAGUGAAAACUGAAGGGGUGCCCAUAGUCGAAACUAAAACUGUGCCCUUAGUGAAGACUGAAUCGGAGCCCCAGGAGCCAAACCCAAGCACAAAGAUCCCAGCAGAUCCCGGCCAAAAGGAGCAGAGCGACAUCAAACAGAUCAUUCCCCUCGGCUGGGACGAGGACAAGGCCCAUAAAAGAGUCGGCUCCGGUGUCAAUGUGCGCUUGGAAUGGACACCCAUGCGCCAACGCGACGACGAAACCGCCGGAGCAGGAGCAGGCACCACUUCCACCCCCAAGGCCUACAAGUACAAGGACGUGUACGAGAGCAAGCGUCAGCAGGCGCUGCGCAGACGCUCCGAAGAGGAGAGCAAGGCCCGCCAGUUCCACAGCCGACCUAUGCCCAACUUCAAGGCGAUUCACAAGCGCAUCGACGACAUGGUGGUCACCCACUCGAUCACAGUGCCCACGACGCCCGAGACGAUCAAACAUUGGCAGGCCACCGUGGAGCGUCGCCGCCGGGCCCAGGACCAGGAAACGGAGCGAUCGCAUCCGGUUGGCGUCACCCGCUCGAAGCCCUUACACUUGCGCAGCGAGCAGCGCCUGCGCGACUGGCAGGAAUUCGACGCUGCCGUGCAGGUCAACCUGGAUCACCAGAAGAAUCAGCAAGAUGAACAACGGAAGCGGGAGGAAAGUAAGGAGAUACGCAAGAUGAACUUAUUCAAGGCGCGUCCAAAUCCCUUUAAAAAGUGCUCGAUCGAACCAGUCGACUGCUACUUUUGAUCACUUGUCCAAAUUUAAAAAGGUGUAAAGUCGCUGCUACACAUAUACAUAUACAAAAACAUAAACAUGUUAAAACCGAUACAUAGUUUUACCAGAUUAACACAAUUUUUGUCUCUAACAUUACUUUUACGCGUAUAUGUUCGUUUACACACCUUUUGUUUCCCAUUUUUUUAGGCGAUGUGAAACCACUAAAAUCAUAAGUUUGGCGAGAGGAAUUAACUAUAUGGAUAUGUAUACAAUAUGAGCAAUUUCUAAUUGCGAUCAUUAACUGUUUUCUAUUUGUACAAAGCCGAAAAAAAACAAUAAAUUAAUACUGUAAAUUGAA